AUAAAAAAAAAUAAUAGUAUUUAAAAAUAAGUCCAUCGAGAAUAAAACUAAUUUAUUUAUCUGAGACUAUUUUGUUGGUGCUAAGUGUGCUAAUCAAACCAACUAUCAGAGAACUUACAAAAUAUACGUGCAUGAAGGCUCACACUUGACAAAAUCGAAGAAGAAGCACCAACUACGUGGUGUUUGGGUUUUCGCUGGAAUAUUUGUGCAAACAAUUGAGUAAAACACACCCCGCCAUAAGUGAGAAUCAGUGGAAAAUGUACCUGCAGUGCAACGUAGCCAAAAUUCGUGUAAAGCAUAAACUGUCAUAGAUCGAGCGGCAGGGUGGAAGGAACGAACCAUGGGCAGGGCCAAACUGCGUGCACCCGAGCAAGGGAACGCGGAAGCGGAAGCCAACUGUAUAGCAAAAGAGAAGUCAAUGGAACAGCAGCAGCAGGCCAGCACAUCGAAACGCCUUCAGUUCUAUCGUUUUGCUUUGUUCUUUGUUGCUGGCAGCUUUGCUGCUUUCACCUUUCACGCCUUGACCUCGUCCAGCUGGAGGCUGAGACAAUUGCAUCAGCUGCCCAAUGCCCACUAUCUGCAGACGCGUGACGAGUUCGCCGUGUACUCGGUGGAGGAGCUAAAUGCUUUCAAGGAGUUCUACGACAAGAGCAUCAGCGACAGCGUUGGCUCGAGCUACUCGGAGGCGGAGCAGACCAACAUUAAGGAGGCUUUGGGCGCGCUGCGACUCGCCCAGGAUAUGCAUCUGUCGGGCAAGGAUGACAAGGCGUCGCGACUGUUUGAGCAUGCCCUGGCCCUGGCGCCGAAGCAUCCGGAGGUGCUGCUGCGCUACGGCGAGUUCUUGGAGCACAAUCAACGCAACAUUGUGUUGGCGGAUCAGUACUACUUUCAGGCUCUAACCAUUUGUCCGAGCAACUCGGAGGCUCUGGCCAAUCGACAGCGCACAGCGGAUGUGGUGCAAACGCUGGAUGAGCGGCGGCUGCAGUCCCUAGACUCCAAAAGGGACGCCUUGUCGGCCAUACACGAGUCCAGCUCUGCUUUGCGCCGCGCCAAGAAGGAGGCUUACUUUCAGCACAUUUACCACUCGGUGGGCAUUGAGGGCAACACCAUGACACUGGCUCAGACACGAUCCAUUUUGGAGACACGCAUGGCCGUCGAUGGCAAGUCCAUAGAUGAGCACAACGAAAUCCUGGGCAUGGAUCUGGCCAUGAAGUACAUCAAUGCAAGCCUGGUGCAAAAACUGGAAAUAACCAUCAAGGACAUACUGGAGCUGCAUCGUCGUGUUCUAGGCCAUGUGGAUCCCAUUGAGGGCGGAGAAUUCAGACGAAAUCAGGUCUAUGUGGGUGGCCAUGUGCCGCCUGGCCCUGGGGACUUGGCACUGCUAAUGCAACGCUUUGAGCGUUGGCUGAACUCCGAGCACAGCAGCUCGCUGCAUCCUGUCAACUAUGCUGCCUAUGCGCACUACAAGCUGGUGCACAUACAUCCCUUUAUCGAUGGCAAUGGACGCACUUCGCGGCUGCUGAUGAACACCCUGCUGAUGCGUGCUGGCUAUCCGCCCGUAAUCAUACCAAAGCAACAGCGCAGCAAAUACUAUCACUUCCUAAAGCUGGCAAACGAGGGCGACAUACGCCCCUUUGUGCGUUUCAUUGCGGACUGCACGGAAAAGACGCUGGAUCUGUAUUUGUGGGCCACCAGCGACCUGCCCCAACAGAUCCCGAUGCUCAUCCAGACGGAGAGCGAGUCGGGCGAGCAGCUGGCUCAAAUGAGGUCUGCUCCACACAUCGCUCAAAGCGCCUCAAUACCGGAGUUCUAUGAGUUCUCCGGCUCCGGUUUCCUGCCCUGACACGCAAUUAGCAAAUUCUUUCAGUUAUUUAUUUUUCUAUAUAUUUUAAUUUGUUUGUCGGACGGACUGUGAUCGUAUUUAAGCUUAAAGAACUAACCAAAAAAAAAAUAACAAGCUGCUGCUGGACAGAAGUUGCAAUCAAUGCACAAAACAAAUCAAUCAGCACCGAGUAGUGCUAUUUAUUGUAUAUUUUUUAUUAAGUAGCAAUUUGUGUGUGUAUACUAAGUCUACCAAAAACUGUGACGUUUUUUCCAAGUUGAGGGGAAUCUUGAGGGGUUACUCUGGAACACAUGUAAAUAUGACAUAUCCUAAGAAACAGA